AUGCUGGACUGGAAUGAGGAUUCGUUCAUGUCGGACUGGGACGCAAAAUAUGUCUCGACAAACGUCAAGCCCGAAGCACGGAAAUACGACAGAGAGUUCUUCUUGGGCCUCAAUUCCAAGUUGGCUACGUCACAUCCGGAGCUGAAAUCUUUCAGCCAUGCAAUAAUUGCUGUUUCAUGCUGCGCUGUCAAUCGUGCAGAUGUAGUAGGACGUUUCUUUGACGACAUCACGUUUGAUUUGACACCAGAGGAAUCAGAGAAGUUCUUUCUCUGCGUCAGAGAGGCCAUCACCAUUGUUUUUCCUUAUCUCGGAAUGCCAACUUGCAUUCCUGCAUGCUAUGGCAUGAUUGGCGUUGUGCAGCGAAAAGGCACAGAAUAUGCUUCUACCAAAGUUCUCCGAAAGACGACAAUCGAUGAGGAAGACGUCAAAAAGGGUAGUGAGCUCAAAUCUCGCAUAUAUAGCGGCGUUGGAAAUUCGGGCAUCUUCAGUCUGAUGGAUAAGUAUUUCACCGAUUUAUUUACAUGUUCAAGCGUUGUAAUCUGGGGAUAUCUCAUCUCAAAGGCGAAUGAGGAGGUUUUCCAGCCAAACGAGUCGCAUUUGAUCAUUGCAGCUUCCAUAGCUGCGCUGGGAGCAACUCGGCAAACAAAGAGUCAUAUCAAGGCCACUUUGGGAAUAGGUAAUUCAGUUGCGAGCGUCAAGACUGUGUUGGAUGUCGUGAGGAAGAUCACUGAGUGGGCUGAUCGUCCUAUUGGGGAUUUCGACGUAGAUGCACUCUCUGAGGAAAUUCAGAAUGCACUCAAGAAAUAA